CAGAGAGAGAGCAGAUUGAAAUUCUCCAACCUGAUUGCUUGCCAAACAGACGCAGCUCUGUGCCCUCGUCUUCCUCGCCGGAACCUCUCUCUGCCGCACGCAGAUUUGGAAUAUUACAGGUCUGUGCAAGCCUGCACCCUCCCACCCUCUCGCUCGGAGAGCUUUCUUCUGACUAAGAGUGCCCGAAUAUUCUGCAAACAUUCUGUGCUGUAAGAAGUCCACAGGUAUGGCAGAGGAUAGCAGCGGAGGUGGGGCUGCAUCGGGCAGCUUCUGGGAGGCCGGCAAUUACCGCAGUACAGUCAAGCGGAUCGAGGACGGGAACCGGCUGUGCAAUGACCUAGUCAGUUGUUUCCGCGAGAGAGCCAAGAUCGAAAAGAGCUACGCGCAACAGCUUUCCGACUGGAGCAAUAAGUGGAGGAAUUCUCUGGAGAAGGGGCCUCAGUAUGGCACCCUGGAGAAGUCCUGGCAGGCGUUCCUGACGGGCGCAGAGAAGCUGAGUGAGAUCCAUACGGAGCUGCGGAAUCAGAUCUGGGACGAGGACAGUGGGAAGGUGCGGGAUUGGCAGAAGGAGGCCUUUCACAAGCAGAUGAUUGGAGGUUUCCGGGAGUCGAAGGAAGCGGAGGAGAGUUUCAGCAAGGCCCAGAAGCCGUGGGUGAAAAAGCUCAAGGAUGUAGAAGUAGCUAAAAAGCGCUACCAUGUGGCCCGUAAGGAUGAAAGAUCGGCACAGGUACGAGAGGAUCACUCCAAGGCGGACUCAACAGUGUCGCAGGAACAGCUGCGGAAGCUGCAAGACCGCGUGGAGAAAUGCAACCAGGAGGUGGAGAAGAAUAAGGGUCUGUACGAGAAAGCCCUGGAGGAGCUGAACCGAUACAACCCCCGCUAUAUGGAAGACAUGGAGCAGGCCUUCGAGAGCUGCCAGGAGGCCGAGCAGAAACGGCUGAGCUUCUUCAAGGAGAUGUUGCUGGACUUUCACAAGCACCUCGAUCUCUCCAGCAAGGACAGCUUCCAUGUUCUGUACAAAGACCUGCACCAAAGCAUUCAAGCGGCGGACGAUCAGCAGGACUUGAAAUGGUGGCGCAGCACGCACGGGCCCAGCAUGGCCAUGAACUGGCCACAGUUUGAGGAAUGGUCCCCGGAGACGCAGAGAAGCAUCAGUAAGAAGGAGCGGAGCAACAAAAACGUGGAAGAAGUGACCCUUACUGGUAUCCUGCCGGCACGGGACGGAGUAUCAACAGGGACACCCACCCAACAGCUGAACAGAGGGUUUUCCUACGCCGAUGAAGACCAGGAUUUCUAUGCCACCCUAACGGACACCCCGCACUCAGAUACCGUCAAAGACGACGCAUCUGAGUGGUCGGAAGACGACAGUCCUAAAAAGUCGAUGGACAGCAAUGGGCGGGAGGUGUCACAGGUAGAGGGCGUGCGCGUGCGAACUCUGUAUGAUUACACGGGCCAGGAGGCUGACGAGCUGAGCUUUACGGCAGGAGAAGAGCUCAUGAAGAUCGGCUCGGAGGACGAACAAGGCUGGUGCAGGGGACGUCUACUCAACGGGAGAAUCGGACUCUAUCCGGCCAACUAUGUGGAAGACGUUGCCUCCUGAGAUCCUGCCGGCCUUUGCAGUGUUUUCCAAAGCUGUGUGUGUGUGCAUGUGUGCUUUGUGGUCCCCCCACGGUGGGGUGGGGGAAUGGACAGACGUUGAACAUUGGAUCAUUCUUGUUGAAUCCAUUUGCUGCUUUUACCGAUGUAUUUUAGACCUGCAGUUAUUCUGUUUCCUAUGUUACGGAUAAUAGUGCAUUGCGCUGUUCUCACCCGGCCUUGGGGUGGGGGGGGGGGACCCUUAUUCUGAAAGUUGUUGGGAACCAGAGCCAAAAUGAAUCGGUGCUUCCUCAACAUACAAACCUCUUGGGUGAUCGUUGGGUGUCACCUCUAACCAAUGUCUCCCUUGGAAUAGGAAUGGCGGCAGAGACUGGGUAAGUUUCCGAAAGAGCAUUAGCACUGGUCCCCAGAGUCAGCACUGGUCCCCAGAGUCAGCACUGGUCCCCAGAGUCAGCACUGGUCCCAUCAGCACUGGUCCCCAGAGUCAGCACUGGUCCCCAGAGUCAGCACUGGUCCCCAGAGUCAGCACUGGUCCCCAGAGUCAGCACUGGUCCCCAGAGUCAGCACUGGUCCCCAGAGUCAGCACUGGUCCGUAACAUCAUGCCGACUUUUAGGGGUGGAUCACAGGUACAUAGGACAUAUAGUGUAGGAAUCGUUAGGUGCUUCAGUAUAUACAAUAAGGGUGUUCAGCCUCUCUUGAGAAUUUUUGAAUUGUACUUGAGAAAUGUAGGUUGGACAUAUCAAAUUAAUAAAAUGUUUCUCUCCUUCACCUCUUGCUCCCGCCUUGAACACAGACCUUAUAGUUUGGCCAUUCCCCCCAUAAGGCUCCUGCCCAGAACCAGAAGCAUUUGGUACCGUAUUUGUUUGCCAGUGCAUGUUCCAUGGCACAACACCAGAUUUAUAGAUCUCUCCAUCUCGUUGGCGCACUAUAACCACUAAAGUUCCACCACUUGCCAUUAGAACUUUUGGUCUAGUCCAAGCCAGUCCAGCCAUUAGGAGGGGGAAGACCCGCUAAAUUUUAAAUUUUGCAGGCAAAUGGUUUAUUUGAACAGAAUUACCCAUAUUUAAAAGAGGGAUGCACCGAAUCCACUAUUUUGGAUUUGGCCAAACCACCGAAUCCUUCACGAAAGAUUCGGCCGCAUACCGAACCAAAACCUAAUUUACAUAUGCAAAUUAGGGAUGGGAAGGGGGGAACAUUUUUUACUUCCUUAUUUUGUUACAAAAAGUCACACAAUUCCCCUCCCCGUCUGUUAUUUGCAUAUGCAAAUUGGGAUUCGGUUCAGCCAGGCAGAAGGAUUCAGCUGAAUCCGAAUCCUGCUGAAAAAGGCUCAAUCCCGGAUUCAGUGCAUCCCUAAUUUUAAUCCAAUUUUCCCCCCUCCAACCCCUAUUUGCAGUCGUUCUGCUUGUAGUUGUAUGUUGUUUUGGCCGCUCAUUGACAAUAUCCCCCCGACCCCCAUAUUGCUCUGCCGCUUAGGGGCAAGUUCUUUUAAUGGCGGUUUUUCCUUUAACUGUCUGUAUUUUUAUUUUACUAUUUAGCAUUGUUUUGAUGAACAAGGUUGAUUGUUACUUUAUCAUUUUCAUGGGGGUCUGCGGGCUCAUGAGGGGGGGGGGAAUAUUUAAGGAGAACUUUCCACACCGUCGGCUUUGUGAGGAUAAUAAUUGGUUGGCCUUUGUAUUUCACAGUUUGGCUUUAAAUGUUCCAGAAUGUAGGGGGUCGUGGAGAAGUUAUAGGGGCUGUGGACAGGGGUGGGGCGGUUGAAAGUGAUUUUACAUGUCGCCUAGUGGGGCCCUAAUUGUGUUUUUUUGUGCUGGACAUGUAUAACGGGACAGAGAGGUGGUUACAGCGGUGCCAUCACAUCAUGCAAGUGACCUUAUUGUGAAAGAUUUAUUUUGUAUUUAAAUAAUAAUAAUAAAAAUACACAUUGGUUUUUA